UCGAAUACAGGGAAGAGAUGGACGAUUUGAAGGAGCGGGUUCGAGUUCUAGAGGCACUUCUUUCGGAAUUACUCGAUUCCAAAAAUGCCGAGCCGGAGAUCGGGGAUGAGUAUUCAAUUGAAGAGGAUCUGUCGUCGUCCUUUGGAAACCCGGGCACUCCAGGACUGGACAUGAACAGCGCCCCCUCACAGAUGUCCAACGAAAAUAAACCUCACCUGCAGGAGGUGCUGGUUCCUCACCAACCGCUGCCACCACUGCGAGAGGUCACACCUCAACACACGACUCAUAAUAUCCCGUACAUCGAUCCUGCUACGCUACCUCACAAUGACCCGUUUCAAGAAGAUAUGCUUGCACCCGAUCACAUCAUGGUGCCCUUGAACGAAACAGCUAUCUCACAGAACACGAAACCCGAUAAAGAUGAAAUCCCUCCUAAGAAACCAUCGUCCAUCACCAGCACGAGACAAGGAAGCAGCAGCAGUAGCAGCAGCAGUAGCAGCGCUCUUCUCGUAGAUGAAGGAGGAGAACCAGAUGAUGCCAUCGGUGUUUCUAUCAACAGCGAUGGCACAAUUCAAGACACGAGCCCGCCAGCAGAAAACGACGGGCAAAGUGUAGCACACUUCCCCGAUGUCAUCGAAGUCGCAACCGAAUUCCCUGUUGAACAUUCGAUGACUUCAACGAUUGAGGGCGGGUCGUACCUAAUCUAUAGCUCCAGCGAUGGUGGUGCGGACGAUGUCUUCCCCGACAACGGAGGAGAAAGCGAUAGUACCGACCCGUCUCAGGUCCGUACCGAGGAUCAACCAAAGCAACAAGGCGGCAAAAACAGGUCACCUUUCAUGAACACCAUGACGUCACAGAAUGGACACAGUGGGGACCUCAACAAACCAAGAUGGAAGAUUUUCAAAGAGCUAAUGGAUCUAAAAACCCUACGAGGAACUGUCGAUGGAAAGCGCCCUCGUCCCAAAGGCAAGGGGAAACCGAACAACUGUAUCCUUGACGGAUGCCUGUGUCUCAGGAAGAAAGGCUACACAGAAGAUGGCAUUUACUACAUAGAAAACUUUGAGGGUUCUGGCAGGCGAGGAAAACACAUAAGGCUGUUCUGUGACAUGACUACAGAAGGUGGCGGAUGGACCGUCAUACAAAACAGACAGAAUGGGACUACGAACUUCUACCGAGGUUGGGAUGACUACACCAAAGGCUUUGGUUACCUGGAUGCUGAUUUCUGGAUCGGAAACACCAUGAUAUACGCCAUCACCUCACAAACAAGAUUCAUGAUUAGAUUCGAAUUCACAGAUUGGGAUGAUCAAAUGGGUUAUGCAGAGUACAAUAGCUUCCGGAUCAAUGAUGCGAGUGAUAACUUCCGGUUGGUCCUCGGUCAGUACAUGGGAGGCAACGCCGGGGAUGCCAUGACAUAUCAUAACAAUACGCAGUUCUCUACGAGGGAUCGUGAUCACGAUUUAUCUAUCGGCAACUGUGCCUUCCUCCGCCAAGCCGGUUUCUGGUUCCGCGGCUGCAACAAGGCCAAUCCCAACGGUCGCUGGCUCGCCCGGGCAGACGCCCGUGGACUGAACGGUGCGGUGGUGAAUUGGGGAACGUGGGAAGGUCACAAGUAUACUUACUGCCUCAAGUCCUUCCGGAUCAUGAUCCGUUCGCAGAACGCACUGAGUGCAAUGACGUCAGAAACGGAAGAGAGGAUGGUCAAUCGGGAUGAACAUCGCGGGCGGAACGUUGACGAGGCAACGCGCAGUGCUCGCAGACAAGAACGUCUCGAACGCCAACGCGGUAACUGAACGACCUCGCGGGUGCUUUGAACACAUGGACAGCAAUUUCCGAACCCCCGGGUCCGAACCGCUUUAUAAACAGUAAUAAGAAUGGUAAUGAGACCAAAUGUAAGCCUACACAGAGACAGAAGAAAUGGUAGAUCGAUCGUGAGGGAACUAUAUUAUGUGAGAUGUGCCUGAAAUAUAUAGAAAGUGAAGCUGGCGAAACGGAGGCAAAAUAAGAGAUUUUAUAGGAACGAAAUCGUUUGUUGCUGACGGAGACUGGACAUGCCGGAAAAACGUUAAUUUGUAUCGACAGAUACCGAGACAGAAAAUAAUAGUUUUGGCGCGGUUGAGUAGGAAUGUAUUCGACUAAUCAACUAAUUAUUGGAUAAUCGGAAUAAGUUUCCCAUGCUUUUUAUUAAUGUCUGAAGUUAAACUUUAACGUAGAUUUAAAAUAUCAACCUUGAAAUCUUCUGCAUGAAACAAACAUGAAAUUCGCAUUCGAUUUAACUAGUUUUAAAUCAUAACAUAAGUGUCCCAAUAAGAAGCCAAAAUCAAUGGUUUUUUUUAAUUCAUUGGAUAUUUAGCUGUAGGCAUUGCUGAGUGAACCACUCAAUUUCAGAGUUUUCUCAGUCUUAAUCCAAUCCCUAUAUUGCACUAUCAUGAUGUCAAAACUUAUAUUUUGAUCAUGUACUUUUAUAUAAAGAAAAUGAAAGUUUCGUCUAGAAGUUUCUUUCUAUCCCACUGAGGGUUCGUAAAAACGAUGACGAAAUAAUGUUAUGCAACCGGCACGGAUGCCAUGGAAUUACAGUGUAAGUCGGUCUUAUUAUAUUUACUUGUUUAUUGGAAAAAUUUCCUUAUAAACGUUAAAAUUAUUUAGUCUCUCCUCAGUAUUUUCUCUUAGUCUCAUUUCUAAAAUAGUUCAUCUAUUUUGGUAAUUGCUAAUCUUGAAAUUCAUUCUUAACAUGUUCUUAAUAACAAGCAGUAGCAGAAUAACGCUAACCAUCGCUUACCUUCUUUGGUUCAGUUGGUUAAUGUUUUCUAUUACUGUUGCAUGUUGAAUACAAGAUUUAAAAAAUACAUGUGUAUUUUGUUAGUUUAAUUACAAGGUAUUUUGUUGUGUAUUUUGUGGAAAUAUCGUAGAAAAUGCUCGUUAUAAAAGACCGUGUCAGUUGCGUGUAAGUUUCGGGUGAAUUUCUAUGGGCAGCCAUAAGGGCCGGUCAUAAAACUGAAGCUUGUACUCCGCUAACCCGGUCGUUUAAUUUUGGCCCUUACGACUGCCCAUACAAAUUUAACCAAAACUUACGCCCAACCAACACGGCCUUUUAUAGUAAACUGUAGAGAAUGUGCAGUAAUGGUAAUGGGAAUUAUACGGGAUAAAAACAGCUUUUAGCAGCCGAUCGGGGAAACUUUGAUGAAAAUUCCGCAAGCCCCCUCCCCUCCCGCUAUUGGUGAUAGCUGGAUCCGCCAAGCUAAUAGAUGUUUGUGAAUGAUACGAUCCGGGGUAUUUUGAUAAGAGGCAAGUCAACCCAAAAUGAGACGUCAUAAUCAAUGAAAUCACAGGACGGUGUAUACUAUCCAGGUACACGAUCCGCGUGUUUGAUCCGCAAAUCGGCCAUUGAUCUAUGCCUAUCUGUCUUCUUCCCAUUUGGUUUCAUCCCGCAAUCAUGUUCUGUCUAAUCCUACUCACCUUUUUGUUUAAUUUGCCACUUUGCCCAUCUAUAAUUUCUACGAGUCAUGUACCGAAUUGAUUGACUCGGAACAAAGCUGAAUCCCAUCUGGCGCCAUUCAUAGUCACAACUGAUAUGAAUGACUCCACAGAAAUAUCAAGGUUUCGCAAUAAAUAUCCAAUUGUCAUAUUUUUUCAUUUUUUAUUUACUUUUUAAGAACACAUUACAAUGUUUCUGUAAAGUGCUGACACCUUCUACGUUCGUUGGUAUAUAAUAUACUGGCAUCUUCCUAAAAAACCAUGCCACUUGAUUAAAAUUUUAAGCUGUAUAAACGUGGAAAGUUUAAUAGCACGGAAAGAAAAAUCAUAUAUAUCGUGUAUAUGUUCUCAUUCUCUGCUAUAGCUCACAGCAUUUUUUUUAAAGUAAAAUUGUUUACCCCCCACCCCCUCUAUGGUUAUAGCAGUGUAUAUAGAAUUUGUAAAAUUAUACCUGUCUGGUAACAUUGCUUUGUUAAUUUUUUAUUCCUUGUACAUACUGUAAUGGGUGUGCCUUACUAUGAUUUUAUUACACAUCUUUACUGUAAUAUCCAACUAUUUAUGUACUUUAGUUUGGAAUAAAGAUACAGUGAAAUACUGAUUUUUUUUUUUAAUGUUCCAUAACA